CAAUUUAGUUCUGAACCUGGAACUAGGUCAAUAAUCACGAGUUCUUAUCUUAUCGUAGUAAAAGUUACAUCAAUAAAAUCAUACAACAAGAUGGAUAUUCAUGGACACGUCUACUUACUCUUCCUGAUGUUAGCAUGUCUUCUAGGAAAUAAUUUAGAUUGUGAAGCAGCAGAGAACCCGUGUUCAUAUGGAAGUCCAUUGCAUGGUUCCUAUUGCGGCCGAGGUGGUCAUCCCUGUCCUCAAUAUCACUCUUGUAAAAUAGCGCCAAACGACGCUUAUGCCGUCUGCUGUCCUGAUUAUUGUAAAGCUGGAUCUCUUCCUGUAAUGGACGGCAAUGGGUUUCCGGUGCAUUGUGGGAGAGGAGGAAUGCAGUGUCCGGAUUCAUACAUCUGUCGCGUGGCACCAACCGACGCCUGGGCCGUCUGCUGUCCAGAUAUUUAGAUAUUUUUAUGUGACUAAUCCGAAUGUAAUUAAAUGAUGAAUUAUUUAUUUAUCAAA